GUUUUGAAAGAACCUUCAAACAACGCGCUAUGUAACCGCUGCCUUCUGGUAACUUGACCUCGCGUGUUUUUCCCCUUCCCACUAACAAGACAUUGGGGUAAAAUUAUUAUCGAGCCCAUAAAUAGACAUAAACAGCGCUUAUGCCAGCUGCAAACUAUCCAAUUAAACUUUUCCUCCUAGCGGGGUCUCUAACGGUUAAUUUUUAAGGUGAAGACAGAAUUUUGUAAGGUGAAUAGAGAAUGUGCAUUCUUGCGAACAUGGAACGAUUCAAAUUGGAUAGAAUAUGGAUUCCUUGUCUUUUGAUCCUCAUAAUCUCUACUCCUCAGCUCUUCGUAACUGCGAGUGGAUGCAAGAAGAUGCAUAUUACGGACGAACAACCAGGCAAAGAGUUGACGAAUCACGUGGAGGCAAACUUUACAGGGAUCACAGAAGUACUGUGUCGCAUCAAAUGCUUUAUAAGUGACACCUGUCAAUCAUACAACUACGAUAACUCAUCAAUGACCUGUCAGACCAGUACGUCAACUCGUGUUCAGAGCCCGGAUGAUGUCAUCAAUAAGACAAGCAGCAUAUACGCGGGAUUCAAGAACCCUUGUGAUAACGGUGGCUGUCCUCGUGAUACAAAAUGCAAACCCAAUUUCGAGACGGACCUCUUCACGUACAUCAACGACAACUACCACACCAACGACAGUGAAAAGUUCUGCCGAAACAACCCCCCCGGCGACUACAGCAGAAACAACCCCAGCGACUACAGCAGAAACAACCCCGGCGACUACAGCAGAAACUACCCCGGCGACUAUAGCAGAAACAACCCCGGCGACUACAGCAGAAACUACCCCGGCGACUAUAGCAGAAACAACCCCGGCGACUACAGCAGAAACAACCCCGGCGACUACAGCAGAAACAACCCCUGCGACUACAGCAGAAACUACCCCGGCGACUACAGCAGAAACUACCCCGGCGACUACAGCAGAAACAACCCCGGCGACUACAGCAGAAACAACCCCUGCGACUACAGCAGAAACUACCCCGGCGACUACAGCAGAAACUACCCCGGCGACUACAGCAGAAACAACCCCGGCGACUACAGCAGAAACAACCCCGGCGACUACAGCAGAAACAACCCCUGCGACUACAGCAGAAACUACCCCGGCGACUACAGCAGAAACUACCCCGGCGACUACAGCAGAAACUACCCCAGCGGCUACAGCAGAAACUACCCCAGCGACUACAGCAGAAACUACCCCGGCGACUACAGCAGAAACAACCCCGGCGACAACAGCAGAAACUACCCCAGCGACUACAGCGGAAACAACCCCGGCGACAACAGCAGAAAAUACCCCAGCGACUACAGCAGAAACAACCCCAGCGACAACAGCAGAAACUACCCCGGCGACAACAGCAGAAACUACCCCAGCGACUACAGCGGAAACAACCCCGGCGACAACAGCAGAAAAUACCCCAGCGACUACAGCAGAAACAACCCCAGCGACUACAGCAGAAACUACCCCAGCGACUACAGCAGAAACUACCCCGGCGACUACAGCAGAAACUACCCCGGCGACAACAGCAGAAACUACCCCGGCGACAACAGCAGAAACUACCCCAGCGACUACAGCGGAAACAACCCCGGCGACAACAGCAGAAAAUACCCCAGCGACUACAGCAGAAACAACCCCAGCGACUACAGCAGAAACUACCCCAGCGACUACAGCAGAAACUACCCCGGCGACUACAGCAGAAACAACCCCGGCGACUACAGCAGAAACAACCCCAGCGACUACAGCGGGAACAGCCCCAGCGACUACAGCGGGAACAGCCCCAGCGACAUUAACAGCAGCAGUGCCUGGUUGCGUGCUACACUUCACAACCAAAAGUACUUCCAACUACAUUCAACUCAUCGACCCAUUCGCAACCGAAAUAUCCAGUUUUACCAUUUCUGUGUGGCUUAAAGUUAGCGACGACAAAAUUGACUCACUCCAGAUCUUUUCCUACGCCACGAGUAAAAGAAUAGACGAUUUCUUCCUUGCCGUGAAAAAAAACAAAAAAGCAGAAAUAAAGUGUGGAGGUGAUCACAGAGACGUGGAUUCCGAUUUUAUCCGAGAUAACACGUGGCAGCAUCUGCUAAUCACCACUCCAAACGGAAGUGUAGAAGUGUACAAAAACAAGGUGCUUAUCAAAGGGCACAAGAAGACGUUUGGGAAGGCAGGAAGCUCUGGAACCUUCAUUCUUGGUCAGCACAAGGGAGAAAUCGGUGGUGCUUUUGACUCGAACCAACUUUUCUACGACUACAUGGCGAACCUGAAUAUAUGGGAACAAACUGUGGGCGUGGAAAAGAUUGACGACAUCUAUUCACAGGGAUGCCGGGGUCUUGGACUACCUGGGCCCGUCCUGAGCUGGGAAAACAUCAUAUCUCAGAAAAUUGAGGGAGACAUUGAGAAAAAGUGUGAUAUGCCAUGUCCUGAUUUCAACCAGUAUACCCCAGGGACUGUGCAAUAAUUACCAGAAGGUUGGGGGGCUUUAUGAACAGAGGGGGCGGGGGGGGACUUAAAUGAUUCUAAGAGGGGGACCUUUACUAAUCGCUUUUUUUAAUUUCAAUACAUUUUUUUUUCAAAUGUAAACAGAUGCACUUUUAUGGCUAGCAAUAGUCCAGACCUGGGACUUAUUCCUGUUGAAGGGGGGUCCUACAUAUUUUUUCCCCUAUUUAAGGCUUAUUUUACGCCCCCACCCCCUCCUGAUAAUUAUUGCAGUCCACUAAUUUUGAGGGUAUUUAAUUUCGUGAAAAAUAUCGAGUAUUUCGAGAGUACUUAUUUUUGCGAUUUACGGAAGAUAUUCUCAAUUUUUCUUGUUAUGAAAGUUUUAUAAUUAUGUUGCACUAAAUAGUUAACUAUCCGUACUUGAAUCCUAUAAAUAUAUAAAUCAUGAGCUUUUGCGACGACAAAACGUUUCCUUGAAAGUAGGGAGAAUUCUAAUUAUGGAAUUAAAUUAUAAAAUUAAAAUGUAGUACAAAUAAGGUGUAAGGAGAAUGAUGUCAAGAUGAAAUAGACACCAACUUAACACCAACUAUCCACUAAGAAAAGAUUCAAAUUAAGGCCCUGUGCUAUGUACCAACAAGCUCUUUACAUCACCUCAGCUAUAAUUUUUUACUGGGCUGUAGAGUACAGUGAUAGAGCUUACGUUAUUUAUAGAGUGUUAGUAAUCCACAAUUUUGUGAUCAUUUUUAUUCAUCAUUUAAAGACAAAUUAUGUAAUUCAGCUUUAGCUGUAAUAAGUUUUAAAUAAUAGUUCAUUUUCAAUGAACUAGUAACAAGGGCUAAAAUAUCUGGUAUUCAGAAAAACAAACAUAUAAAAUACAUUUUGUACACUAGUCAAUAUCUUUUUAUCACCAUAUAAAAUGUACAAUGAAACAACUAAUAAAUGACGGUUGCACUCUGUAAAA